ACGGACCGGUCCCGUCGGGAAGCUCCCGCGGCCGGGCGCGGCUGCGGACAGCCGCCCGGCCGAUCGGCUCGGCUUGGCUCGGCUCGGCUCGGCUCGGCGCAGCGCAGGCCAGGCAGGAAGCAGGAAGCUACCGGCGGCGGGAGGCUUCUCUUAUUUGAAGAUCAGCAAUUUAAAAAAGCAGACUGAAGAAUUUGCCACGUCGUGACUGAAGGUAUAAGAAAAAACCUACAGAGAGAUCAACUCAGCAACGUAUCUUCCACAUUUGUUAACAGGCUACCUUUGCACAGCUUUGGGAGGAUUUUUACCCCACAUUCUGAAGAACAGAGAACACUGUUGCAAGUGUAUAAUUGUGUUGCCUAAAAUUUGAUACCAGCAGUAGAGUAGAUGGCUCAGCUUCCUCCCGGGAUCCGCUUUAUCACUUCAUUUUCACGAGAUCAGUGGUAUAGAGCCUUCAUUUUCUCUCUUACUUUCUUGUUGUAUGCCAGCUUCCAUUUAUCAAGGAAACCUAUUAGCAUAGUUAAGGGAGAACUGCAUAAGCAUUGUGCUGCCUUGCAUGAAGUUGAACUUAGCUCCUACAAAGAAUAUGCUGCCCAAAUUCAGCCUGUCAAAAAAACAUCUAAUGUAUCUCAGUGUGGUUGGGAGCCAUUUGAUAAGAACAACUACAAACAGUUACUGGGAGCACUGGAUUACUCGUUUCUGUGUGCAUAUGCAAUUGGAAUGUAUCUAAGUGGAAUCAUAGGAGAGCGGUUACCUAUCCGGUACUACCUGACCGUCGGGAUGCUCGCUAGCGGAUUCUUCACUGCAAUGUUUGGAUUGGGUUAUUUCUAUAAUAUACAUAGUCUGUGGUUUUACAUAAUGGCUCAGAUAGCUAAUGGCUUGGUGCAAACUACUGGCUGGCCGAGUGUCGUUACAUGUAUUGGCAACUGGUUUGGAAAAGGAAGGAGAGGUUUGAUCAUGGGAAUCUGGAAUUCACACACUUCAGUAGGAAAUAUCUUGGGAUCCUUAAUUGCUGCUUAUUGGGUGUCUACGUGCUGGGGUCUCUCCUUCGUGGUGCCUGGUGUGAUCGUUGCUGGGAUGGGGAUGGUUUGUUUCCUGUUUCUUAUUGAACAUCCUAAAGAUGUAAGUUGUUCCUGCACACCAUCCAGUAGUUCUAAAACCUUUCUCAAUGGUGCAUCUCGAUUCAGAGUCCAGACACCAACCUUAAAUGCUAAGGAAACCAGCAAGCCUCAGGAUCCAGAGAUGCAGCAUUUACUUGUUGACAGUGACAACUGCAGUGUGUCACUGAGCUCCAGCACCCUUGCAGUCACUGGGGAAGGCAGACAUGGGACAGCAGCUAUCAGCUUCCUUGGAGCCUUGCGAAUACCUGGAGUCAUAGAGUUCUCCCUUUGUCUUCUGUUUGCAAAGCUGGUGAGCUAUACUUUCCUCUUCUGGCUUCCCCUCUAUAUCACAAAUGUAGAACAUCUAGAUGCCAAAAGAGCUGGGGACCUUUCCACACUGUUUGAUGUGGGUGGAAUCUUUGGUGGAAUUUUGGCAGGCUUGAUCUCAGACAGGCUGGAGAAGAGAGCAUCAACUUGUGGAAUGAUGUUGUUGCUUGCAGCACCCACACUGUACAUGUUCUCUGCAGUCAGUAAAAUGGGCCUUGAAGCUACUGUGGUGAUGCUGCUCAUCAGUGGUGCCCUGGUGAAUGGUCCUUACGCGCUGAUCACCACUGCCGUCUCUGCCGACUUGGGUACCCAUAAAAGCCUGAAAGGGAAUGCAAGAGCCUUGUCCACGGUGACAGCGAUCAUUGACGGAACAGGAUCUGUAGGUGCGGCUUUGGGGCCUCUCUUAGCUGGGCUGAUUUCCCCAUCUGGUUGGAACAAUGUGUUUUACAUGCUCAUGGUGGCAGAUGCAUGUGCCUUGCUAUUCUUACUGCGUCUUAUUGAGAAGGAGCUUCGGUGUAACACAGAUCAUACCCUGUUUAAAGAACACUGAGUGAAGAGCCAGAUUUGGAAAAAUGACUGUGUCAGUGACAGAACUCUUCCCUGAAAAAAAACCUUCAUGGAAUGCAUUAAUCUAUAUUUAAGAGAUUUUGUUUAGUGAAGAACGUUUACUGGAAGCAAUGCAAGAAAUGCAACUAGUAAAUCCCUGAAGCUCUUAUUUUUGCACAUGAAUAAGUACCUCAGGAUGGCAACUACUCAUCAGAUGAAGAGACAGAAACUUUGGGAAGGUUUUAGCAGUGCGCCUCAACUGAGCCAAAGAGAAAUACCAAGUGCCUCUUUAUUUCUUUUCAUAGAAUGUUUUUAAUUUAAAUGCUGAACUGUGUCUUUUCCAAAAAAACAACUUGAAACUAGAGCAGGAGAAAGCUGUAGCAGUCUAGUAGCUGAAAUGUCCCAGUGUCAGUGAGAAAAGUAUAUGCUUACGUCAUCCUGCACACACCACGGGCAUCCCUUUGUAGAGGACCAUAUCAGUUGACUAUUAAGAUGCACUGCUAUUAGUAUUUUGAAUCUGCUCAGACAAUAAUAACCUCACCAUAAUAUUAGAAUUUAACUACAGUACUACUUCUAAUCCCCAAGACAACAUCCAGUCUUUUGGUAGGUAAUGAAAUGGAAUUUUCCAUUGCAGUGUUCAGCAGUUAGCAGUUUUCACAGAUUCUCUGGGUGGAUGUUAGCCUUCAGUUAGGAUUGUGCAAAAAGGAGUCGUAAGCAACACAAAGUAGAUGAUAAGUCAGAAUUUCCAGUUGAGGGCUGUAAGGAUUUUUCAGGGCCUUAUAAACCAGCUGCAAAUAUCACAUAGUUGCUCUGCUGCUGCCCUAGGCUGGGUUCAAAUGAGAGGUUGUUCCUUUGGGGUGGCAUAGGACUGUUCAGCCCUGCAGGACUGAGGAGAUGAGCUGCUUCAGCACUCACUGCCACAGUGAUCUCUGUUGUGUGCUCCCUGAUUUCAGUGCUUGGUGUGCAGAUGGAAGUCAUAAUCAGAUCAGGGCCUUAAUAACCAGAAGUCUUUCAAGUGGCUAGUUUCAAAAUACAUUUAUACCAGAAAAGAAAAAUUGCCUAGGUAGCAGGUUGUAAGAGAACAUUUCAGUAACUAGUGUUACCCAGCAAAAAAACUGUAUGCAGAACAUAAAAAUUCUAUGUACAGCUAUCUCCUUUGCAAAACAGAUGUUUCUGUGUUCUUUUUUUUUUUUUAAGAUGUACAAAGUAAAAAAGAUUUUUCUGUAUGAGGUGUUUGUACUUAGAACAUCUAGAAGGCUAGAUAAUUUAAAAUGUGAAUUAACUGUAUUAAAGCUUUAGGCAUAUGUCUUGUUCAGAACUAUGCUCUAAGUUUUGUUUGAGCAAUGCAGUAAUCUAUACACUUGAUUAAGGAAAUAGCACACUCUAAAAUAGUCCUGUAAAACAUGGAAAAAUGCCUCAUCAGCUGCUGGUGUUGUGUUCCAUGUGCUGGCACAACAGUUAAUUUCCAAGACUGUUCUGUAAUUUUUCAGCCUUUGAUCAGUUAUUUCACUGGUUUCAUUCAGCCCAUGCUUUAUGCUUGGCUUGAACAGUACAAGAAUGUGUUUGUUCAGCAAAACAGUUAAAAAUGGAGAUCCAAGGAAGACCUCAUGCCCACAAAGACUCAAGGGGAGGUACCAAAGUCCUUGCAAGUGAAUGCUGUACAUAGGCCCUGCACCUGCAGUCCCCUUGAUGAAUGGUUUUUGAGUUCACACAUUUUGAGUAAACCUGCUGAGACAAGUGGGGAUACUCAGCAUGCAUCUGUGAACCUGUGCUGCUUUGGGGCUUGAGGCUGUAGUUAAAUGGGACAGAAUUCUGCAAUUCUGCAGCAGUGUUCCUUGAAAGGAUUUCCAUCCUGGUGGCAUGGCACACUGCCCCUCUCCUGGCCAGGCUGGCUCUCUGGAGGGCUGCUGGGUGGACCAGGGGACUGCUCCAGCCUCUGAUGGGGUGGUUAAUAGUAUUGCAACCAUAAAACACCUGUUCUGGUACAGCUUCACUGGCUGUGUGAGGAGGCAGGGAUGGAAGGCUUCUUUAACUGAAGAUGUCAGUUCCUCCCCCCAAAAAAGGUAUGUACAGUUACAUACUAAUUUAUCAAAACAGCUCAAACUCUUUAACUGUGCUGUGCUCAGAUUCUGAGAGGCCGUGGGCUGAAGUAUUUGGUUAAAAUGCUCUCAGUUGUGUUUAACAGUUAGAGGUUGUAAAGAUAUUUAACUGUGUUUUGGGUUUCACAUGUUUUACUUGUAGGGACUGCUGCUGUUUAUUUAUUUAUUUAUUUAAAUAGCUUUUGCACUGCAGUGACUUGGGUACGGGGUGAUGACAAUGUUGGAGGUGCCAGGCUGAGUCCUUCCUUCCAUCAGUUGUGAGAGGGAGUUAGGAAUCGUAGUGUACAAAUGUCACAUCCAUGUUGAUGUGCAGCGUUUUGGUUCCUCACAGCUACAAAUUUGUUGGGCAACAAGAUAAAUAUUUUAUUUUUCUUUCAUAAAAACCCUAAAGGUCCCCCUGAUUGUGAAUAAAUGGUGUGUUUUAUUAGUGUCAGGUGUCAAUGCCCAUUAAUCUGGAAAUGAGCAAGACUGACAGAAUUUUUUAUGUAGAAAUGUAAGUGACCAGUAGGUAGAGCCAAAUUCUUAUGACUGUAGGGUUGGUUUGUUGAUUGGGGUUUUUUGUUUGUUUUUUUUUUAAUGAUGGUUAUUGUGAGUUUUACUCAUUUACUGUCUUGUGUUGAAUAAAAAUAGAUUCUUCUUUGAAAUGAGAAA